CCAUUUUUGUUAGGGAGAGCAGUCGUGUUCAGAAAAGGAGGAUUAGGCAGCUGAGCACAGGUACCUCAAUCGGCUCCUCUAACAUCACCUCGUUCUGAGUUGUCUAGGACAAACAAGACACUUGCUUGUCCGCCACACUCGUAUAAUGUCGUCAGAAAACCUGGACCCGGACACUCAGGUGGACUACGAGGACGAAAAACAGGACUCCCAGGAGAAGAAUGCAAACCCGGUGAAGGCGGAGGAGGCCAAGCUUAAGGCCAGAUACCCCAGCCUGGGCCAAAAGUCCGGUGGCUCAGACUUCCUCAUGAAAAGACUACAGAAGGGGCAAAAGUACUUUGACUCCGGUGACUACAACAUGGCCAAAGCCAAGAUGAAGAACAAGCAGCUUCCUGUUGCGGGGCCUGACAAGAACCUGGUGACUGGCGACCACAUUCCCACGCCGCAGGACCUACCACAGAGGAAGUCCUCCUUGGUGACCAGCAAGCUAGCUGGGUAGCCGUCAUCAUGCCAGAAGCAGCCCCCGUCCCCCCACAUCCAUCCAUCCAUCCCUCCCUCCGGGGCUCCCACCAAAGGUUCCCCCCAAAAGUCCUCACCCAUGUCCCCAACACAUCCACCUCUCCUACCUUCUCUCUUCCCUUUUCAUCCCCAGGCGCCACUGGCUUUAACAUAACGGGCAGAGUUGUAUAAGUUAAAACUCCAUUUGCUUCUAUGUAGGUGGGGUGGGAGGAAGGGAGGGAGGGAUGGAGGUUCAGGCGGCCCACAAGGUUGCAGUCUUCUCUGCCUUCCCACUACACACAGCUCUGCGCACUCUGCUCUGCCGCCUCCCUCAUGUCUUGGUGUGCGGUGUUCCAAGAUGCAUCACAGUAGGUGUGUGUCAUCGGGCAGGGGUUGGAUGGGGGUGAGUUAAUGCACUUUGUAUUCUGUAUAGUUUGUUUUUGUCCUUUUUUUUUGCAUCCUUGAUGACACCAAAACAAUGUAUGUAAGGGAGAUAGGAACCAUGAUCGCAGUGUGUUCUUUGAUCUUUACGUUCCCCUGCUUCGCUGGUGGCAGGCUACGGUGACAGGUGUUGGAGGACACGUGUGAAUAAAUGCUUGCAUACCAAAUCUGUGAGGGUAGCUGCCUAGAUAAAGAGCUGUUGAAUGGAGGCCUCCUCACAUCUCAUCCUCCGUUUACCUUGUGUCGAACAAAACCAGUGGUCACCUGCUACAGCUCAGCCAAAAAGGGAUUUUGAAAUGCCACCUUUACUUUUUCUCUCUGCCCCUUUUGCUUUAAUUCUCAACUCCUUUUGCUACUGUUCUCUCUAAAUAUGCUGCAUGAUUGUAACAUGUAACAAAAAAAAAGACAUUUAAUAUGUUUUCUAAGGGGAGUGGGGCACCUGCUUAGUAGUAGGAUGCAUCAAAACAAACACAAGAAGCUCUGACAUGUCCGCGACCUCACUUCCUUGCUUUCCUUUUUGCUGUCCUGACAAUCCAUGUGCACACAGUCUUGUUCGCAGCCCAGGACAAGAGCCAGCUGAGUAUGUCCUUGUGUCAUUUUUAAAGGCUGGGACCCCCUGCCAACCUCUGACUUCAGUCUGAGUUUGGUUCCUGUUGAGUUGCAUCGAGAUGUGUGUUUACUAAGAGCCUAAAAAGAUUUUGGGGAUUUGGAGCGCCCCUUAUAGAGUGUAUGCUUCUGUAAAUAAUACUCCAACAAACAAACACAUAGUUUGUGAUAAGCUCAGCGCUUUAAGGACCUUACCCGCUAGCAUGCCUGAGAGAAAUGGUAGUGCUAAAUUGAUCCACUUUGGAUCUAAUGCUAGGAUUUCUGACUUGGAAAUGAUGUGCUUUACCAACUUAGCCAAAUUUGACCCCGCAGCUAUCCGGCUCAGAGACUGCAGAUGUGUGCGUUACCGUCUCAUCCUCAGACUGUGCUCGUAGCACGGUGAGGCAGGCUGCGGGCCAAGCUGCUCUGGAUCACACUGACGUGACCGCCAGCCCGACGUCUUACUUUCCCGUAGUCUCUGAAUCAUGUUAUCCAAAUGCAAUUCAAACAUAUUUUCAACGAAACGGCCGAGUCCCAGCACUAAAGUCACAAUAAAAAAGACAUUGGUAAGUGGAGUCAAGUAGUAGAGAGGUUGAAGUCAUUUUCCACUGUGGGAUGUGCAGUUAAAUAGUUUCCAUGUUUGGUACCGUUGAAAACAACAGCUUAUUCUUGCUGCGACUUAUGGAUAAAAAAAAAAAAUGGAUGUUUGUUUCUCAUUUGACACUUUCAAAAUAGAUAUGACAUCAGUUCACAUCAACUUGUAUAGAAGAUUACAUCUUCGAGUAUAGGCCUGAGUAUGUCCUUGGAACACAACGUUUCUUUUUUCCUUUCAAACUCGCACACACUCCACAGACUGAUUUUGGGUCAGAGACAGUAAAUGGCAACCCGAUCAGUACAGAUGUCGGGUGCAGCUCCCCACGAUGUCACUGCAAGCUUAAAGUGGGACAUUUGCAUGCUUGCAGUCAUGUGCUCACUCUAACACUUUGGCAAAGCAAGGAGAUUGUGUAACAUGCGGUGAGGGGGCAGAGUAUGUGUGGGUGCUUUGCGCUCGAGUCCCCACCUGUUAAUGUAGUUCAACCUCUGAAACAGGUCAGCGAUCACCAAAAUAGCCAAAUUAAAAUGCGUGGCUCCACCCACGCGUUCAACGGUGGGAAAGUGGAUCCCGGCGUUCGCUGAGAUUCUCCUUGUAUAAUACUGCUUCAGGGAACCUUCACUAAUGCACACUCCACCACACAGACUCGGUGAUGAGGUGCACGCACCAUCACAUUUUCAGCCUUGUUUGUUUUUCAGUGAGAUUUUAAACGUGUCAAAUUAGCAGUGGGGUGAAAAAGACCUGACCUGUACGUGUGUGUGUGUGUGUGUGUGUGUCAUGGUGCUGUAUGGCUGCAUUUCUUUUCUCUGUUUGAGCUGUUGUAAAUAGAUGUCAACUGGACAGGAUUCUGUGUUCCCUACACCUGCUUUUUACUCUUUCAGAGCCUGAGUUAUUUCGAUUCAAUGGUUCCUCUCCUUUAAGUUUAACACUACUUCUGCUCUAUGUUGAUGUACGGCAGAGGCUAUGUGAAUCUGUAUCAUAUGAAAAUAUGUGUAAAUGCUGCUGAUUCAGUCUAAGACUAAUCUAAUAGAUGAUGCCCUGUAAAGAACGCAUAUCCUCUCGAUCCUACCAGUCAGACUCUCUUCUUCCCACCCAAGUAUCUCUCUAUCAGAAUCCUACGAACUUCAGUGCAAAAAAAUGCAUACUUUUAUAGAUGCAUUAUUAAACUUAAUCCAACAUUGGGUUUGUAUGGAAAGAAAGGGAAGCUGUCCUUGACAAGUAGAUUGCCAAAAGAAAACGGGUGGAUAAAGUCUAAUUUAUGAGCAACUUUUGAAAUGUAAUCAGAAAAGAUGCAUUUUGGACUGAAAAAAGUGAUGUGUGUCUUUCAUCUUCAACUUAGACUGGGACAAAAAAAAUCCUGUUGAACAUCUCAUUGCCACACCGAGCACCUCCGUUUAUUGCGCUCCUGUUUGAAAGUCUAUUCAAAAUCUCUUUGUCCUCGAUUAUAGCAACAAUGUCAUCGAAACCCCCGUCAUUAUCAAGAUAAAAGUAAAACUAGAACAAAUACAGAUAUGAAUGAACAAGCAGACGGAGGGAUAAACCAAUCGUGAUGACACCGUGUGUAGUGUGAGAUUACUACAGAAACGACAACAACAAAAAUCUCCAAAGCAUACAUUAAAAACAAUCAUCAAAAUUGUUGAGUAGUGGAGUAGGCCUAUAAGUCAGGCUUCAGUUAUGUUUUUUGUUUUGUUGUUUUUUUUAUAACAACAGUAAGACGGGAGUUCUUGAAUGCUACUUGAUAUUUGGCUUUGCACGCAGCAGUUCAACGAGAGGAAAAAGCAGGGUAUGUUUCAAAUCCAACACACAGGGUGUCUCUCGUUCAGCUACGACAAACGUGCCAGAAUGUAUAAAGAAAUGACAAGCUGUGUGCUCAGAAGUACUAUUGAGCUGCUUUUUUUUUUACCAUACUGAUCUCUUGUUGUUUUUGCAAGUGAAUAUGUCUUUAUUGGUUCCUUUGUUUGUUUGUUUGUUUGUUUUUCUUGUGUUCUAUUAUUGCAUAAUUACUAUAUUUCAUCCUGGCCCGAGAUAACUGUGAGGAAAUCAGAGGCACCCUUGCUUCCAAGAGAGAGGGAGAGAAAUAAAAAUAAUAAUGAUAAUAUGGGUUUACAUGGAAAAAAAGAGGAUGACUGGAGAACACGGGAAUGAUUUUAAGAAUUCAGAGAGUACUGACGUACUUGGAAUAUUUCAUUUGUGUGGGAGUAGGUGAAAGGAUUUUUGUCAGUAUUUGAAAUAAACUUUUACAUGAAUAACA